AUGUCUACUCAUGAAUUAUAUUCAUGUACUAGGUGCAGACGACUCAAAAAAAAAUGCUCUAAGGAUGCUCCCACUUGUUCUAGUUGUGCCAAAGUUAACGAGUCAUGCGAGUAUCCUGGAAGAGCCCCAAGACGAACAAAAAAGGAGAUAGAAGCUGCACUAUUAAGAGGUGAGCUUCCUCAAAAUAAGAAGAGGAAGAAAAUUGAACCCGAUGAAUUCUCACCUAAAGCGCAAUCCCCAAUAUCAUUGACUUCAACAAGCCCUGAUUCUGGCUUGAUUGGCGAUUUGAAUUCUACUAUAUCUGUAGCUUCUACAAGUGGCAUAAGCGGUGCCACAAGCUUAGUUGGAUCAGAUAAUGCUGGGAAUAUACAUAUUAACAAUAAUACUAGAGAUUCCCUGUCAAACAUCUUAAAUAAUGAAAGAGUGAAAGCAGAAGGGUUUCCAUCAAUGAGUACUAGUGCUUCUGCUUCGCCACAAUCUGCUAAUAUCAAUGGCAAAACAACUACCAUCCAUCUAGAAGGUGUUUCAUCUUUAAUAUCAGUACUAUCGUCUCUCAAUAAUAAUAGCAAUGGGAAUCAAAACAUGAAUCAGAAUAACAAUAUCAAUAUCAAUCAGACCCCUAUUAAUAAUAAUAACAAUAUCUCAAACCCAAUAGGAGAAACUCCAGAAACUAAACUACCAGUUCAAGGCCUAUUAUCUCAACUUCCGAGAACACCCGGCUUUGCUAAUGCUGCAUUCUUAAAUUUAAAAGAUACACCAAUAUCUAAAUCGCCCUCAAAUAUUAAUUCACUAGAACAGCUAGAUGCUUCAAAGUUAAAUCUUUUCCAAGAAAAUGCAGUUCCGAUUGUUAAUUCUGCAAUACAAAGUGAAGCUAUAAGUGUGGCAUUCAAGGGUGGUGAGAAACCUGAUUGGGAAGAUGAUGUUGCAGAUUCUCCCUUGCAAAAAUUGGACAAGUCUUUAUAUGAUAAGUUUAUUGCGGCUUAUUUUCAACAUAAUCAUAGAACCUUCCCUAUGAUUGAUAAAAGAGCAUUUUUAGGAACAGUGUCAACAGUUCGAGACUUUAAUGAUAUGUCAGAAUUUGAUGAUACAUUUGCAUUUAAAUUAAAUAUGAUCAUGGCUAUUGGCUGUACUACUUUACACAGAGCUGGCCUAUUGAAAAAAGAACAUGAUUUUAGAGAACACUUCGCUUUUGUCGCUAUGUCAAAGUUUAGUAAAGUUCUAAGAUUGCAAAAUAUGGAGACAAUUAAAUGUUUAUUAUUAUUAGGAAUAUACUCAUUUUUUGAACCAAGAGGUGUGUCAUCAUGGACUAUCAGUGGUUUGACCAUGAGACUAACAAUAUCAUUAGGCUUAAAUAGAGCUCUUCCAUUGAGCAAGAUGCAAAAAGUUUCGGCUAUUGAAGUUGAGCUUCGUUCAAGAGUUUUUUGGAGUGCAUAUUGUUAUGAAAGGUUGGUGGCCACGUCAUUAGGCCGGAUCUCUGCGAUUGAAGAUGAGGAAAUAUCUGUACCUUUACCACAUGCCUUAUACGAGGAGGAAAAAGAUGACAUCGAGGUUACAUUGAUGACAAUCUCAUUAAGAAAAGUCAGUGGCCGUAUUUAUAAGUUAAUUCAUUCAACAAGUGCUGGCCGGCAAAAUAAACCUCAAGAGGAGAAAGAGCAGAUUAUCACCUCAUUAAGAGAAGAAAUUGAUGAAAUUUGUGAAAAUGAAAAGAUAAAAAUUCAACAAAAGUCUAGACAGGGUAAAAACCCAACAUCUCCUGAAGAUGGAUUAAGCAGUGAAACUAGCGGUGAUUUAAUUUCGUUCCAUAAUUCUGAUAUCUGGCUGGCAAUGAGACAUGCUCAGUUACAAAUAAUGCUGUACAGACCUUCUUCAUUAAUACCGAAACCAUCACCAGAAGCUAUUUCUAAAUUGGGAGAGGUUUGUCUGGAAUCACUAAAACAUACAUAUGCCCUAUACAAGAAAAAGCUAUUACCUCUAAAUUGGAUUACAUUAUUUAGAGUACUGACUAUAUGUAACACAAUGCUAUUCUGUUUAUGCCAAUGGGGGAUUGAUCUGGUGGAAAGUGAAAAAGAAAUACAACAGUGUGUUGAGAUAUUACAACAUUUUGGGGAAAAUUGGGUUUUCGCAACCAGAUGCGCAGAAGUUUUCCAAAAUAUUAGUAACAGAAUAUUAGAAAUAAGUUUAACCAAUGGAAAAGUUCCUAACAUGGACGAACUAACAAAAGAAUUAUUUGGUGCAAAUAAUGCCUAUCAAGAAAUUUUAGAUGAAAAUAAUGUUGAUGUUUCCUGGGUUGAUAAACUACUAUAA